CUCAAGGCCGGGGAAGUGGCAUUGCAGAUGCCAGGUCCUCUUCCCAACGGGAGCUGUCGGCGCAGGAAGACAAAGAUUCAAUUGUUGCGAGUUAUGCCUCGCACACUGCUGGAAUAGCACAUUCAAAAAAAGCCAUAUCGCCUACCAUGACAAUUCCUGUCGGCGACCCAGAAUUGUUACAUGACCAUCAAAUCGUUGACUUCAACCCUCCGGCUUCGAAUCCGCAUUUUGAUAUACCCUUUUCUGGCUUGGAAGGCCUCGAAUGGAGCAGUUCAAUUCCGGGAAGCCCCAGCACCCUCAUCGACUUAAACGAUGGUGACUCUCCAGACAUGGAACAAGACAUAUUGUCCACCUCACUUGUUCGCCACGGAAUUUCAGCACAGCCUCUUGAUGGAACAUCUAAACACCACUCUCUGAACCUGUGUCAAGAAGCAGAUUUACGCCCGUUGUCGGAAAGGCCUUCACGGGUCCUCAACGACUACUCUUCUGUAUUGGUUGAGUACUACUUCAAAGAAGUGGCUGGCAUAUUUUCCUGCUAUAACAGCCAUCUGAACCCAUUUCGAUCCACCGUUUCCAAACUGUGGCAGAGCUCUAACUCCGUCUUCUACGUACUGCAGAGCAUGGCAGCUGCUUGCCUCUCGGACGUAGUUCCAAGUCUGCAUGCCGUUGGUUAUCGACUGCGGCAUGCAGCCAUGACUUGUGUUGAAGCUGAUAUUCGUGAGUCCAAAGUCGAGACAGAUUCACUGCUGACGUUGAUCAUGCUUGGUCUUUCAGCUAGCUGGCACGACGCCAAUGACCUCGGUCACGAGCAAUUCAAGCACGCGCGCACACUUAUGGGAGCAUUGACCAGGGGACAGCCGCCAGCCUUUCUUGAAGCGAACAACAAACGAAACCUGCGAUUCUUCCAAGAGGCGAUGAUCUAUUGGGAAAUGCUCCUCUCCUACGUUAGUGACGUAUCAAUUGCACUUCCACCGACCCAGGGGCCUGAAUUAUCGAGCGAUGAGCACAAUACUCUGCAUCAGCCGAACUUUCCGCAUCCAUGGACCGGCGUGGGAAGGGAAGCACAGGUUUUGGUUUUUGAGGUUGGGCGCUUAGUGAGGAAAGAGCGACUGCGUAUCCGGAAUCGGCCCAUCUUUACAUCUCUGGCUGAUGUUGACGAGAGCUACAAGGUCAUUCAACAGGCUCAUGGUCUCGCCCAGAGAUUGCAGCAGCUUAAUCUGCCCACCGCGCAAGCCAUCGUCAACCCUGGAGAUGCUCAGACGCCGGUUGAGCACCUCCUGACCGUCGCCGAGUUGUACCGACUGACUGGCCUGCUCCAACUCUACCGGGUCUUUCCUGAUCUGCUUGCAGAUUGUGGGAAUUUAUUGGGUAAUCCCGAGUAUCCCGAACAAGAACAAGUUUCUUCAGACAUCAUGGACCAGAGUUUGGCGACGCGUGCGGUGGAGAUUGUGAAUCUCCUGAGGACGCUUCCCAUUGAAUCAGCCACAAAAUGUGUCCAGCCAUUUUUCUUUGUCGCGGUUGCGAGUGAGUUGAGGGUCCCACCUGCGGCGGGACCGCUCGGGCAAAACAUUCAAGGCACCGAGCCCAGCACAGCAAGCCCCAAUGCCAUCGAAAUCCUGGACGCAAGAAAGUUCGUUAUCUCGAGAUUGUCCACCUUCGAGCACGUUCUGCCAGCCAAGCCAUUGAGGCAAAUGAGACGGAUAGUGACCCUCACCUGGGAGCAAAUCGACAAGGGCCUUGCCGACAUUUAUUGGAUGGAUGUAAUGACCGAGAAGGGGUGGGAAACCACUUUGGGCUGAUUCUAUCUAUUUCUGAGAGGAUAAUUUGUAGCUCACCCACAAAUGAGAAAAGUGUCGCG